UUCACAUGCGCUUGUGUUGGUCCAUGCGCGAGCCAAACGUGGCUUAACAGAAAUUGGCAAUAUCCACCGGUUACCUUCUAAACCUACACAUUUGAUCGAUUCAAUUAAGUCCGUUAACAUCUCAUGUUGAUAAGUCAUCUGACAGUUACCGUUACAGUGCUGGUCAAGCAUGUUCGCUGAGGAGGAUGAGUGGAACGAUGACCCAGAAGCCAAAGCUCUGACCAAGACUGUCAUCAGCAGUUUCAAACUGUCUGGCAGUACCAAUAUCACGAAAAGUGUUGGGAAGAAGAAGAGUUUGUUACGGACCCUCCAAACACUGGGGUCAGUACCAAACUGGAGCAAGAGCAAUGGUGCCCCUCGGGAAGCAGGCAGUGACAGUGAAACAGAGGCCAUACUGACACCACACACCAAGAGGAAGAAGAAAAGAAGCAAAAGAGGACGCAAGAGAGUAGCUGCUUCAGGAGAAGAGACUGAGAAAGACAGUGGAGAUCUGGGUGCCAAGGAGGCUGCAGUGCCUUUAGCUAAGAAGCCAAUAAAAGCAGUGUUCAAAAAGGUAAAAAAUACAGAGUCCAUUCAGGGUGGUAGUAAACAAGAUUCAAAAUCUAUCAAGGAUGAAGGAAAAGCUGCAGCAGAUGCUGAGAUUGAGAGAUUAAACCGAAAGCAAUGGAAAAACAAGAUGAAGAACAAGAAGAAAUGUCAAAACAAAUUCAAAAUUCAAAAUGGAGAGAAUACCACACCCCCAAAAACCACAAAAGCAGUGACCACUGUGCAAAAGGAUACAGAAGAUGGACCAAAAUCAGCUUCUGAUGUGAACAGGGAAACAGCGGUUGUCCAGACCCAGCAACGCCAGACAAAGAAAAACAAACAGGAGAAAGAGGGUGAGUGUAAAACACAGAAAAGGAAAAAGGUCCCAGAGGGAAAAGGGAUGACUUUCACUGAGACUGCUUCCACUCCAGGCACAGAAAUAGUCCAAAACAAUAAGAACUUUUCAGAGAAAAAGACAAAGGGGGGCAGUCAAGUAAAAGCAGUCCCACUAGGUAAAGAGUUAAAGACGGAAGAGGAGAAACCUCAGGAGGUGGUUAGGGCGGAGCAGCACCCGGAGCCGUCUGGCAGUAAGAGAAGGAAACGGGAGGCGAGCAAAGGGCAGGACCGUAGGAGAGAGAAGCUCAGGAGAAUGCUGCAUGGCCAGAGCCCGGAAAAGAAAGAGCAACCUGCAGAGCAGGAGGAGGAGAUACGCACCACAGAGGAGGUGAAAGAGGCUCCUGCAGACCGCUCGGCUGCUCUGAGGUCCCGCAUGGAGCAGCGUUUGGAGUCAGCACGGUUCCGUUAUAUUAACGAGGUUCUGUACACCACGUCUAGUGGGGAGGCUAAACGCAUGUUCAGACAGGACCCCCAGGCUUUUAGCAUCUACCACAGGGGCUUCACGGCACAGGUACAGCACUGGCCAGCUAAUCCUGUCGACGCCAUCAUCUCCUACAUACGCCACAAGCCUGCCUCUCUGGUGGUGGCAGAUUUCGGCUGUGGCGACUGCAAGAUCGCUCUUAGUGUGAAGAACAAAGUGCACAGUUUUGACUUGGCACCUAUCUGUGACCGUGUAACUGUCUGCGACAUGGCUAAUAUACCGCUCAAGGAUGGCACUGUGGACAUAGCUGUAUUCUGUCUCUCUCUUAUGGGGACCAACCUUGGGGAUUUUCUAGUUGAGGCUAACCGUGUGCUGGUGAUGGGGGGUAUCCUGAAAAUUGCAGAGGUGGCAAGUAGAUUUGAGAAUGUGCGGAACUUCAUGGGUGCUUUGUCCAGCCUGGGAUUCAAGUUGGUCACAAAGGACACAGAGAAUAGCCACUUUUACUCCUUUGAGUUUGAGAAGAUCGCAGAAGCUCCAGAUAGGGUAAAGAAGGCAGGAGGACUGGAGCUGAGGCCUUGUUUGUACAAGAAACGAUGAGGGCAACAGUGAUGAGAACAUGGGAGAAACAGUUCUCCCCCCAGGAGAGAAGUCAAGCAGGAUAGACAGCAACAGAAAAUGUAUCUUCUGCUGGAUGUAACUGUAAAUAUGAAAAUAACUUUCAUAGAUAAACUGGUGGUUUUGACCCCCAAACAAUGUAUCAAGGAUUGUUGAUAUUGUCAAUAACCUUUUGUGGGCUUUCAAAUGUCUGUUUCAAAGACAAAACAUGUUCAAAAGUUGUUGACAUCAUUGGUUAUCUUUUUUAUUAAAUCAAAACAUAAAUGUAUUGCAUUAAAUCUUA